AUGCCUACUGGAAUUUGCUCCGCUCCAUCGACAUCCUACGUAGGGACCUCGGGCCGAACCUUAGGCGCUUUCUCUGCUCGCCAAGGAGGCCUUCGUGGCGCUGGCUCCGAUGCUGACGGCUUCUCUUCUCUAUUUGCUGCCGGAGAAGCCGGUUCAGAUGAAAAACCACUCCUCGAGAGAGUGAAAGACGUUGUUGCGGAGCAGCUCGGUGUCGACCGUGCGCGAGUUACUCCCGAAUCGAACUUUAUCAAGGAUCUGGAUGCUGACAGCCUUGACAGCGUUGAAUUGGUCAUGGCCUUCGAGGAGAAAUUCGGGGUCAGCAUUCCCGACGACGAGGCAGCCAAGAUUGCCACUGUCCAGGAUGCUCUCACUUAUAUUGAAAAGGCGAAGUAA